AGCAACACUACAGGCAGUGAGAUAUUGAAUCUUCCUCGUCAGCAGUGAAGUGGGUCCACGAAGCAAAGCGGCGGUGCUCAGCAUCUCACUCAAGAUGCGACUGUUCAUCCUCCUCAUAACGGCCACGGUUGCUCAAAGCACCACCUACCUUCUCACUUACCCUUCCCAAUGGAUGGAAUCGGACCUCAACAUGGGCUUCUCACUCCUACCUGGGCCUGGCAAUGAGACGCUCGUCAAUGUCACAUUCAAAAGUGAGCCCCAUGGAAUCUCCAAGGAGCUCAACGACGUGAGCGCUGGUACAACUACAAUGAUGACGUUUACACGUGAGGACCUCGGUACGGUGCAGUACAACUAUUGGACAUGGAUGAGCCUGAUGGGAAAAUCAGGAGAUCAAGAGAUCUUUUCCACUAAUGUGGGAUAUUUCCAUAAUAGAGACGUGGACCUCUUUAUGAUGGUUGACAAUUACUACUACCAUUGGCCUGGUAAGACAGUGCGAUUCAGUGUCUUCGGUGUCUACAGAAACAAGUUGCCUUACCUGGGACCCUUCAACAUCUCUCUCAUGAAUCCAAAUGGAGUCCUGAUGGAGACCUGGCAGAAUGUACGAGAAGAGAACGGAGUAGUGUCACUGAGUUACCCACUCUCUGCCCAGGCAACACUGGGAAGCUGGUAUAUACGUGUGGAGACAGGAUCGGACAUUCAUGGUGACUAUUUCUAUGUUGAAAACUAUGAUCAUAUGUUCAUUGACGUUGCAUCCUACUUCUAUCUUGAUGGAAAUGAAGAUGUCUCUGGAUUUAUAUCGGCAUGGUACCAGGGCAAGGCUGUUGAAGGCACAGCAACAGUCACCAUACAUCCAGAAUAUAACCCCACAGACAUCUUAACGCAACACAUUAAUCUUGUUGGAGAUGGAUACUUUAUGUUUCGUCGCAGUGAACUUAUGAAGAUGAUUCCUGAGGGUACAGAAUACUUUUAUUUUUUGAUCUCUGUUGAGAUCACUGACAACGCAUCAGGCAGGAGAUUUGAGAGCUUCCGCUGGAUUCACUUUAUAAAAAACAGAGCAUAUAUUUAUUUUUGGGGGAAUUGGAGGUUCAUUCCUGGUAUGGACUUUACAGACAAUAUCCACAUUUACAAAUAUGAUGGGCUGCCAUUGACUGUUGAGGAUCUGGAGACCAAGCUCAUUGUGUUGGUUACACAAUACAACUUGUCUGAUGCAAUGAUGAGCCCCUCUGAUUUCCAAGAUAAAACCGAAUACUUGAUUCAGACUGAAUUAACUUACACAGUACCACCCAACGGAAUUGUCCACAUACAUGUACCAACCUCCCACGAAGCAAACCACCUGACUAUUGAGGCGCACUUUGGUGCAGUCAUGACUUCCAUGUCAGUGUGGGCAGAGGAACAUUUUCGAAAUGAUUCCAUUAUUCAGGUCAGAGCUCAUGAAACAAGUGUCAAGGUUGGAAGCCCUGUCACCUUUACAGUACAAAGUACAGACAGCAGCAUUUCUGAAGUGUCUUACCAGGUGGCGGCAAUGGGCCAUGUGUUGGAAGCUGGAGUUGCUCGCUUGCCACAAUUCACGCUAACGCCCUCAGACGCCUGGGGACCUGCUACCUACGUCAUAGCCUACUAUGGAACAGACGAUGGGUACAUCAUCCAUGACGGUGUGGAGCUGAUGGUACAGGAGUUCGUGAAUAUGGUCGAUGUAAAAUGGAGUACACAGUCAGCUGUGCCUGGUGAAAACGUGAACCUGGAGGUCACGGCCACAGACCCUGAGUCAUUUGUUGGUGUGGUUGCCGUCCAAGCUUAUUACUUUGGACGAGGCAUGAAUAUGAUCUCUGAUAUCCUGUCUGCAUCUGCUUUGGACUCGAAUCCUAAAUGGUGGCAUGACAACAUGUUUUCGACUGCUGGACUGUAUUAUGCUACCAAUGGAAAAAUAAAAUACUGGGACAGCAAAAAGGCGAACCAAGAUAACUCAAGAAAAUUAGAAAAGGAUGGUAUGCGCAAAUCCAACGAGGGACUCCCAGAGGCCUGGGUUUGGCAGCCUGGUGUAAAAGGACCAAACAAGAAGACGACAUUCACAGCCGUUGUUCCAAAAGUCAAUUCUCGCUGGAUGGGAAUUGCCUUUUCCGUGUCUAAAACAAGUGGAGUCACGUACGCUUACACCAGAACUCAGUUGGAAGUGUCUUCUCCAUUGCAUGUUGCCAUAAAUGUGCCCAAUGUUGCCAUUCUUGAUGAAGAGUUCAUUGUGGAGGUGAAAGUCUUCAACAAGCAACCGGAGACUAUCAAGGUCCUGGCAACGUUGCAUGCCAGUGAGACUCACUUCAAAGUUCUUUAUCAAACCGAUGGGAAGUCUCCGUACAAACGUUUUCUUGAAGUGCCCAAAAAGGAGUCUGGCACUGUGUCUUUCCCCGUGUCUCUCCUGGUUGCUGGUGAAUUCUGUUUCACCGUGGUGGUGACACACAAUAAUAUCAAUUACACUGUGGUGGGAUGCACCUUGGGGAAGCAUUCAGGUUUUCCGCAAUCUUACUCAGAAAGCGCCAUGCUCACAUUGUCAUCAACAGAGGUCACAAAAACGUUCACUUUCAACUUCCCACCCAACGUCGUCAAGGGAAGCAGUUCGGCUUCCUUUUACAUCUACGGAGAUAUCAUUGGGCCCUCUCUCACUGGGCUCGAUCAGCUCCUGCAGAUGCCAUAUGGCUGUGGGGAACAGAACAUGAUCAACUUUGCACCAGGCAUCUACAUCCGGAGAUAUAUGGAAGUUACCCAACAGAUUACUUCAGAGAUUAUUGAAAGGUCUUUGACUUAUAUGACAUCAGGCUACCAGCAAGAGCUCAACUACAUGAGAGACGAUGGUUCCUUCAGUGCUUUUGGAAAUUCGGAUCAACAAGGCAGUACAUGGUUGACAGCCUUCGUGUUGAGGACGCUCCUGCAGGCACAGCAUUACAUCACCGUGGAUGAUCACGUGAUCUCUGGAGCACGCACUUUCCUGUUGAACAACUUAUUGCCCACAGGGCAGUUCGAGGAGCGUGGCUACGUUAUUCACAAGGAGCUGCAGGGUGGUUCAGCGAGCCACAUCAGCUUGACAGCCUACACUCUGCUCGCCUUCCUCGAGGACGACACGACUGACUCUUCAACAAUCGUACCAGCUGUGCACUUCCUGGAGGCCAACGUGAGUGGGGGUGGUGUGGCGGCCAGCCUGCCUUUGGCGCUCACUGCCUAUGCCCUCGCCCUUGCCAACAGCAGUCAGGCUAGCGCUGCCCUGGAUCUGCUCAAUGUUCAUAAAAAAUUUACAGAUGAUGGACUGAUAUACUGGUCAGAUUCAGCAUCAGGUCAAGCUUCCUAUUACUGGCAACCAACAGCAAUCACCAUCGAGACCACAGCCUAUGCCCUCCUGGCUCAUCUGCGUCUGGGAAAGAUCGCAGAUGCAAUUCCCAUCAUGAAUUGGUUGAGUCAGCAAAGGAACCACCUGGGAGGAUAUGCAUCCACACAGGACACAAUUGUGGCGCUGCAGGCUCUGUCCGAGUACUCUGUCUAUUCGUUCGGAACUUUAGAAGGGAAAGCGAAAAUCUUAACAUCAGAACAUAGCGUCGAAGUUCAGCUCUCCGGCAUGAAUGCCUUGGACAAACACGUCGAAAAGAUUCCUACUUCCUCAAACAUAAAUGUGAAGUUGUCUGCGACUGGGAGUGGGACCAUUAUUGGCCAGCUGAAUGUUUUCUACAAUGUGCGCGACGCCCCGGGACUUCGCAGAGCCCGAUCAGCGGCCCCCGAAUAUGUGCUGUCUUUGGACUUCAACGAUAACAGUGCCAAUGGUACCAUUGGAGAGAAGGUGUAUCUGACGGCAUGUGCAAAGUGGAUGGGCGAGGGCCCCUCCGGCAUGGUUCUCAUGGAGGUGAACCUGCUCAGUGGCUUUCACGUGGCUGACAAUCUGUUCACCCUCAACGAAAUCCUCAAACUGGUGGAGGUCUCACCGGGAAAGGUCUACCUCUACUUUGUGAACCUAAAUGACAGCGCAACGUGUGUAGAAAUGACACAAUACCGAGUGUCUUCAGUUGCAAAAGCGAAGGAAGGAGUGGUUGCUAUUAGUGACUACUAUGAACCAACGACAAGAGUGGAGGAAGUGUACAAAUCCAAACGACUCUCUGAGAUGGACCUUUGCGCUCUGUGCGGCCCAGACUGCAUCAAAUGCAAGGGCGAUGUUCCAAGUCCAUCUAGCGGAGUGACCAUAUCUCCAGCCUUGUGGGUCCUGCUGUCUGUUGCCUUUAUUCUGUUCCAGCAGGAACUAUAGAGCGCGGCCUUGUAACCAAAGACCUCAAUUAUCCUGGCUCGCAUUCCUGUCUUCUGUGCUCGCCUCCCGGUGGUACAUUCAAUUUUUGGUGCACUUAAUCUUGAUUCAAAUAUAAAUGUAUGUAUGUCAGAGAUGUAAUGUAUCUGGACGAGAACGGUAAGAUUUUAGAUGUCUCUAAUCUUGAUUUUAAAUGUCUCCACUCAGUCCUUGAUCCCAUUUCUACUCUUUUAAAAAUGUCUCGAACAUCUCGCAGCUCAUGAAAACCAGAGGCGCAAUUCAUGUACAGGGUAAACAUAUCCAUAGGGGGAUUUCUACCAUCAGCAAACUUUCUGCCAUAUAUUUUGUUGUUUCUGUUCAUGAGCUGCCUGAAGUGCCAAUUCUGUCAUGUGAAAUUGACAGCGCGAGUUAAGGACAUGGCAAAGAAUUUCCACUACAUUGUUACGAUGUCAUUGAACAGUCUCCGCCAAUGGACAGAGCCAAUGAAUCAUACUCUGAUCUGUUUUGUCAUACGUGUACACACGUCAACAGGUGUGUGUGUGCGAUUCAGUGGAAUGAGUUGGCAACGACGAUAACCUUCCUAAAUAAUCCAGCAUUCAUUUUGUUGGAACAACAUAACCGUGUGGACCAGUUUCUACUUGAGUUUCAUCAGCAGGCUUGUGACCUUUUAAACCAAUGCUAUUGUGUCGUCCGUUUGUUAUGAUUCACAUCGGAAAAGUACAAUGUGGGACACCAAUAAUUUUUUUAUAAUCACGAUUGACUUUGGAUACCAAUCUCAGACUGUGUUGAUCUUGAUCAUGUGCCUCUUGGCCUUUGAAGUAUCUUACGAUAUUCUGAUUUGCAAAGUAGUAUUUGACUUUAAUACAGUAAUUGCUCGUGGCUGUAUUUAUCAUGUCAAUAAUGGAAUAAAAAUAUGUACACGAACUUACUUUUUCCACAUUGUAUUUUUCCUACUGCAUUGUUUUGGGCGCCACGGUGGUGAGAUGUUAACUACUUUGCCUGGUACGCAGGAGGUCGUGGGUUCGAUCCAGACCCUGACGCCUGCUGUAUAUUUGGAGUUUGCAUUUUUCUCCGGCUCCUCCGGUUUUCCCUCCACAUACAUUUAGAAACAUGCAUUUAGUGUGCUCUGUGUACAGCGACAGCGCAGUAACACGCAGGGUACCUAGUCGAGUUAGACCCAGUGUACGAGCGGUGUAGGUAUAGGCCGAGUAUAUAUUUAAGUAUUAGAAACGGCUAUACACGUUAAAGUGUGCCAUGCACUGGCACAGGAAGUUACAAAGUUAAAGGAACAUCAUACGUAAUAUAUACGUAAAUGGGUAAAAAUAUGCAAUUGUGGGAUUCAAACCCUGGGUCAGCCACUUCACAGCCAGCUAUGCCAUCGUUUAAACCAGGACUUGGUGUCAGCUGCAAACGUUAUGGUUAUUAAAUCGUCGUUUAUAUUGUUGCAUUUGAAAGCAAAAAGUACGGGGGAUAAAACAACUACUUGCCUUUUAAAAAUGAACUUACUAGAACUACAGAUUUGCUCAGGCUCCACACCUCUGCAGCCACGGCACACUCCCCCCUUGGCCACGCUGCAGUGCAGGCAGCCAGUGGCUGCUACUGCAGGUGGCAUCAUUCACAGGCGAGCACAAUGCACGCAGCAUCUACCACAGUGUUUAGUUAGAAUCUGGGACGGACGCCUCCGUCAAUACCUGUAAAAAACGUGCCUCCGAAGAGUUAACGGCUGCUUUCCAUGAAUGGUUUGGUAUUUUAUUUCAAGCGAGGAUAAGUUUGAGCUAGGAUAUACCUGAGACAAUGUUAACCGCAGUGUGAUCGAUACUGUAGAUACAAGCAACUAACUUGUGUACACAAAUAGAGACUUAAGUCCUGGGGAGGGGAAGGGAGUGGGGAAGGUGUGAAGACCAUUGUUUGGAAGUCCACCUAACCAAAAAGUACUGGUUUAGGAGUUUGGAUUUUUUUCAUGGCCUUGCUCUCUGCACUACACAUCAGAGACUUCAACAGCCACGAUGUAUAGGGGCUAUAAGAGCAACGUUUUAGCAGGUAAACUAUGAAUUAUCACCUUGCGCAUCAAACACAAAAGCUGCUUCACAGGCCCUUACCAAUGUGGCUGCCAAGAACAGUCGCACGAGGAUUCAGGAGACCGCAAUUACCCUGCGCCAGACUCCAACGAGUGAAGCUCUCACCCAGAAGUCUAAACCCAACAAUAUACGCCACCGCCUCCAUGCUGCUGGAGUCACUGAAUCAGCGACGAGAAGCAGAUGGCAUGGGACAAGUUGAGAGCCUGGCAUCCAGCAGUGCUGCAAAUGUUUAGUUUAACAUGUAGGCUUUAAAAAAACUCUGAUUCUGCAAAUUUUAGUUUUAUGUGAUCUGAUCAACGCACCGAUCCACCGUCGUGGAGUCUUCUUUUAAACGUGAAAUGGCCGAGUGGCAGCGAGAGCCCCGCUCGUGGCAGAGGUUCGCGGUUCGAGCCUAGCGGCAACCCCGAUUAACCCUGCCGGUAGAUAAUUAUCCAACAAUGUAUCGUUUGAGGUUUUUUUUUGGUUAGAUAGCGUAAAUAUAAAUGUGUCAUUAAACCCGCCACCACCCGACAGCCAAUUAGGUUUGUCACAAACAAAACGAGCCAAUUAUUUACUAGUUCAGCAUGCUGUUGUGUUGAAAAGUAAACCCAUUACAAUUACAAUCAUAUCUUUAAAAAACUUUUAUGGAUAUUGGUCGCGAAUACGUGUUAAUGGCCGUCUGCUCCACAGUGGAUGUGAACGAUUUCCCUACUUCAUUUGAAAAAAGAGUAUGCCUUCUGCGGCAAUGUCACAGUCCAAAUUUGAAAAUCACCUGCAAUUUACUUCAUUGGCGAAAACCACAAAGCAACAUCGCCCCAUACUGGCAGACUACUCUCCUGUCUGUGAAACAGUGCCUUGGUGAUGACGUCGUGCUCCAAGCCGAAUGACAUGAUCCGAUGUAACGAAUUCCUCUAUUGGCACAGUGGUCAUAUCCACAGCCAAUCUUCUCUCCCACCACCAACGUUAGAGAUUCAGGCUCCGGCAAAAAGUUAUUUCACCGCUUGGCUCCUCCUGUGCUCUUGUUCGUGUGAGAGCGUGAACUGCCUUUUGGGUUUAGUUUGUCGUCGUUCGUACGGUGCUAAGAGGUUCAACACACGUGGGAAAAUGUAAUAUUUUAGAGUUUGCCUGUUGAUGGGUAAAAGCCAACUCGGGCCCUUGCUGCCAAUUUCACUUUCCCUGCGAGUACAUUGGGUCAGCUCAUCCUCUUUGGGAAGAAAUUUUUUU